GUACGGGCACUGCAAAGUUUACACCAAAAAGAAAAGAGAAAAGAAAACUACCGUACACGUUCAAUGUUAUUAAGAUCAAGGAUAGGAUCAUGUGAUUUUCUAGUCCACUCUCACUCAUCCCUCUCCCCAUCCCUAUCCUUUAACAAAAUCUUCCCAUUUUAAGAUCGAGGAUGGAAGCUGCAGUAGUCCGUGGUCCACCAUUGAUAAACGUCGCCGCUGUCUGCGGUUCCCUUCGCAAAGGCUCUUACAACCGCGGCCUCCUUCGAGCUGCAAUGGAGAUAUCUAAGGAGUCAGUUAAGGGUUUGAACAUAGAGUAUGUGGACAUAUCGCCAUUGCCAUUUCUAAAUACGGACUUGGAGGUUGAUGGGACAUAUCCUGCAGAAGUUGAGGCUUUUAGGGAAAAGAUUCAACAAGCUGAUUGCUAUCUCUUUGCUUCUCCAGAGUAUAAUUACUCUGUUACUGGACCUCUGAAAAAUGCAGUUGACUGGGCAUCUAGACCUCCAAAUGUUUGGGCCGAUAAAGCAGCUGCAAUUGUUAGUGCUGGAGGAAGUUUUGGUGGGGGACGAUCGCAGUAUCAUCUCCGGCAGAGCGGAGUUUACCUUGACCUUCACUUCAUCAACAAACCUGAGUUUUUCCUUAAUGCAUUUGAAAAGCCUGCAAAGUUUGAUAGUGAAGGCAAUUUGCUUGAUGCUGCUGCUAAAGAGAGGUUAAAGGAGGUUCUUUUAUCCCUGCAAAGGUUUGCAUUACGACUUCGAGGAGAAUCUGAAUGAUAUGUGAGGCUCAUAUUGUUUGCUUUGAUCAUCCCUGUAAUACCUGUCCAAUCGUAUCUUUGGUGCUAAACCUUAUGCAAUUCAGUGGAUGCUUUCUUAUACUUUGGAACUGUUUAUGACUUUGAUGUGUAGACGUCUCAACCAAAAAUUGAUCCUUCGAAGAGCAUAUUGAUGUCCUGUUCUGAAAGUCUUGUCAGAUUAAUAAUGGAAAUGAAUGCUUUAGUACAUGAUUAGGCAUAUUAUAAUGAACUACUGUCUGUACUCAAACUGCUUUCCCUUAAUUUGAUGGUUCUUUCACUA